AUGGGCCCGAAGCGGCGCAAGCCCAGCGGGGUCGCCUCGGCGGGGGCCGAGGUCAAGAGCUGGGAGGCUGCGCUGGUGGCCGCCCCCUUCGAGGAGGAUGACUGGAAGCCAAGCAUUGCUUUCGUUGUUGGGAAUAAACCUGAGGAUGAAAUCCACACCAAGGCUCUGUCUCUGGCUGUGCAGGUGCCACUGCGGAAGCUCUUCAGUGUGGUAACACGUGAUGACAUUUUCAGACAGAUCAGAGAAUCAGGGAAUCAAAAGGGAAAAAAGGUUAAGGAUGUGCCUAUGUACUAUGAGGUGAUAGAAGUAGCCAAAGCCAUUCUGGAUGGUGGUGAAGAAAUUCCUGUAACACUAACUGGAAAGCUGUUGAAAUUUCAACUGCUUUGCCUCAAACAGAAGGACUUUCAGAGAAGAGAAGCUGAAAAGAAGGCAGAAGAGGAGAAACAGAAAGAAAAAGAUGGAGGAAAAGAGAAAGCUAAAUCUGCUGGCAAGAAGAACCUCCCUAAUGGAAAGACAGCUGAGAAAGAAAGGAAAGGAACAAAGGCAGAAGCAGGCCCUUCAAUACCAGUCACUAUUAAAAAGGACACGGAACUGAAGCGACGUGGAGAAGUGGAAGAGGAAGCCAAAUAUAUUGAUGAUGAACCAGAUGAUGGUGCCCAUCAUUACUUCAUAAUUUUGGGUUUCCACAACCCUCAGAUGUUGCCUGUGAUGUCUGAACUUGGGAUUAACAUUUUGAGUGUAAUUAGAAUUUCUUCUGAGAAUUAUAAACCCUUGGAGACAUACUUGGAAACAACUACACUUCAAGAAGCAUCUUUGCUUUCACCCGAAGUUGUAGAAGCAGAGAAAAGAAAGAAAGAUGGAGCUAUCAAGGAACUGGAAACAUUUUGGAAAUACCUGGAGCCAAUUUUGAGCAGUGGAAAGCAUGGAUCAAGUCUCUUUAAUGUUGCCAGGCUUCAUCACCUAGUUAAGGAGAGUGUCUUCCCCCCUGACUGGUCUGACAGAAAAAUGCUGCUUGAAUUUGGCACUGUGCUGUUUGAAAGUAUUGCUUGUUUGAUGUAUGACUGCCUGGACUGGAGAAGACAGCAUCGCAACUACUUGGAAAACACCAAGUUUAUUAAUGUGCCUGUAAUAUCAGAGAGCAAAUCCGCACAACCAAGUAGAACAGAGGUGGAACCUUCAUUACUUGCAAAGAAAAAAGGACAAGCAGAAGAAAUUCUGACAGCAGUAACUUUGUCACAGGAGGAAGAAGCUUCUUUUUUCACUCCUUCUGUGGACAUGAGAUACUACAAUGACUUACUAAGUCAAAUUCCCGAGGAAUACUUUUCUGUACCCUUAAUGCUGAACUGCAUGUUGGAACAGGUGAUUGCGAGUGAAGAAGACCUUACACCACCUAGUCUGGUGGUACCAGAGCCUCGGGCAGAUGGGCUACAUCAUGCCAUUGCAGAUCAUAUAGCCUCCAUCCUUCCUUCUCUUACACUUUCCAAGAGUGAAAAAGAGAAUCUCUAUGACUACUUUUCUCCUAAAUACAAUGAAAAACAGACUGUUACCCCCAAGUACCCUCUCUUAUUUAACUACCAUGAUACCCGGGCUCAACGAUUGCACAUGCUAAAGGUCCAGGGUAACUUAAAUCCAGAGAAGAUUGAACAUGAAAUGAUGGAUAAACUGCCUCUUACAGAACUUAUCCAUUUCACUUGUCCUUCAGCUGAAAACAACUCUAAGCACUUGGCAAGAGCUCACGAGCUCAAGUAUUAUUGUACCAAUGAACUUCUGAGUUGGGCUGAAGUAGAAAGAGCCUUCAUAGUGUUUACUUUUGAAAGCCUGAUGCUGACUGAGGUGAAUGAGACUGCUUUCCUGGAGAGCUCUGGAUCAAUGGUGGGAGGUGAUUCUGAAGUAGCUGAUAUCCCUUGGGAUAAUCCGGCCAGGUUUGCAAAACACCUGAGACAACUUUUCCCCAGUGGGAAAUCUCCAAGAAGCUCUGGGCAUACAGAAACAAAUGGCAAAGAUGGAAGAGAAGGUCUCGCUGAUCCUGUUUGGAACAAAGAAUUGCAUCUCUCUACUUCUGAUAUGGUGAGUCUGGAAAAUUAUGGCUUAGGACUGAACUUAGAAGAAAUUAAAAAGACACAGAGGCGUUGUUUGACAGAUUGGAAUUUUGUCGAGCAUUUUCAACCACAUGUUCUUCUUCAGGUUCUUCAUACUGCAUCCCAAGAAUACAGAUGUAUCGAUUCCUUUUAUUAUGCUCAAGAUAAUUCUCUGCUAAUGGUUCUUCACAAUCCUAGGAAUCAGUAUCAUUUGUGCCAACAGACUUGGGAUACUGCAUUGCACUCCAAUGUUGGAUUCAGGAACUAUCUUGAGAUGGUGGCCAACUCAGUUGAAGACUGGGUGAAAGAGGAAGAAAUCAAAUACCAGGAAGAAAAGAUGGCUAAGGAGCUAGAAUCUGUUAAAUUGGGAAAAGCCACAGCAGAAGGACCUUUACAAUUGUCUGCAGGUACUGGCAAAAAACCUGACUUCCCUAAGAAAGCCAAAACUGAGUAUAUUUUUUGCAACACAUCAGGACCUGAAACCAUAACAGAGACCAUUCCAGAAUCUCAGUCUGACAGUGAAAAGAAACCUUUUAUCAGAGAAAGUUCUCUAAAGGCUUGGAAAGAGGAGCAGGACCGAUUACUAAAGGAAGAACAACUUAAGGAAGAGAAAAAAGGCAAAAAAGAGAAUUUGGAAGGUAAAAAGAAAAAACGGGAGAUGAUAGUACAUGAAGAAAGUAAAGAUCCCAACAAGAAACCUUUUGAAGAGAGGUUUAAAGAUGAGCCAGCAAAAGCCCCUGAACUUGAGGAGGAUCCCAGCAUACCAGAGCCACAGUCUGAGAAAGUUUAUAAGUUUCUUGGCUACAAUAUGGGGGAGAAUCUCAUUAAAGUGUCAGGAACCGAUCAAUAUCUUUUCCCAUCUGAUGGAGGACAGAUUCAAGUAGAGAAGAUAGAGUUUGUAAAAGGUUUAACCUUGGUAAAGGUGAAAGUGGCAAAAGACCACCACAAUUUCUUCAUUCAUAUCACAGACCCCAAGGAAAACCUCAAAGAAAUUGAUGUGCAAGAAAUCAGUGAAGAACAGAAAACUGAAUCAGGAAAAUUAAAAAAUCAGAAGAAAGCCGUGAGCAAGUUUGGAUCUUUUUCAGCCACCUUGGAAAAUGGAAUCCAGCUGUCACUGAGCUAUUAUGGACCUACAGGGAAGACAGAAGAUGAUGAAACCGAUCCUGUCUUAGGAAAAAUUCUGAACAUCCCUUCUGUUCAUAUUCCGACUAUAAUUCGUCCAGCUACACCUGCUUCAGGAAAAAAAGAUAAGAUUGUCAAACAAAAAUCAAAAAAAUCUCUGCCAUCUGCAAAAGCAAGCCAUGGCAAAAUGGGCUUUCCACCACCUGAUGACCUGGUAAAGCAAGAAGAAAAGAUGGAAAUGGAAGAAUCAGCUCCCCGAACACAAGUGAUGUCAGAGCCUCACAAUUUCCCAGGGCUGAACGUCUCAUGUCCCAGUGGACUAGUAUUAACUUUCCUUGGUGAAAGUGUUGAAGAUUUGAAAGGUAAAGCCACUACAGAUGAAGCUGAGAAAGAAUUGGUAAAGAGAAGUGAGGAUGAAGCAGACAAAGCCAAGAAAGAGGAAUCUGAGAAUGGUGAAGCCAAAGCAAAUGAAGCAAAGGAGGAAGAGGAUAUGGAAAAUGGAGAGAAGGCACAUGAGGUUACAGAAGGUGACAUAAAGCACAAAGACACCAAAAGAGAACAGGCCAAGCAGGCUACUCUGGAAAUUCUGGUCAGGCAGAGUUAUCCCCAAAAGGUAAAGAACGCUCGUCUAUAUGCAUCUGUGGCAAGAUGGUCAGAGCAGGAAGUGUCAAGAGUUAUCACCAGUCAAGGAACUGUCAUAAAGUAUAUGAUGGAUGGUUCUACCCAGAUUCUGUUUGCUGAUGGCACAGUGAGUAGGAGUCCUGAUUCUGGCCCAGUUCUACCACCACCUGCAGUUUCAGGUAAACAGUUACCAGAAUUGGAGUUUUCACCUGAGACCAGCACUAAGAAAGGAAAAGGCAACAGCAGAACCAGUACAUCACACCCAAGCAAGGAUGAAUUAUUUGAGAAUACUGUGAAGAGUCUAGUUGAUUCUGAGCAACAUCAGGAGAACCAGGCAGGAACCUGGAUAACAACAACUCCAUCAGGCUUUCAAGUGGGCACUGAGGGAGCAAAGAGAAUGGAUCUGAAGCCACUGUUAAUCUACCAGGCAACUGACCCAGCUGAUGGAACAUUUAUGACAGUACGAGAAGAUGAAGUGGUAAUUGUUGAGAAGCUGGAUGGCAGCAGAGUAGUAGAUCAUGCUGAUGGUACUAGGAUCACAACUUUUUAUCAAAGCUGUGAAGAGGUUUUUGUACCAGAAGAUGGAGAGGAAACAGAUAAACCCUUGGAAGUCAUCAAAAGGAAGGUGAAAUAUAUCCAAGUAGAGAAUCCUGAGUUUGCUACUAUUAAAACAAAUUGUGAGGACGGUACCUGCUGUACCAUCUUUGGUGAUGGGACAUCUAUUAUAGCAAAGCCACAAGGAACAUAUCAGGUUUUGCCCAUCAAAACAGGCUCUCUUUUCAUUGAUGAAGAUUGCUCAGCAAUUUAUACCCAUGAAGUUUACAAUUUCAUCAGCAAGAAUGAAGAGAAACAAGCAGGGAGAUACAUUAUGAAACACACUUCGGAUACUAUUUGUGAGAUGAUGGAUCCUGAAGGAAAUCUUUUCAAGGUCAUGGCUGAUGGCAGCACAUCUGUGUGUGUUCCUGGCAUUGACUCUGAUGACCAGAAAGACAGAAGUUCAGCAUCAUCACUCUCAGAUAAAGCUAUCACUGAUGAUGAGCAUGUCCCAAGGUUCUUCAUCAUCUACGCAGAUGGUUCUGGAACUGAGCUCCUGCGGAGCAGGGAUGUACACAAGUAUCUUGCUGAAGCCUGUAGUGACCCUACUGUUGCAGUCUUGCAAGAUCCUGUACAAGAACAUCCAGGUGUUUUAUGUAUUACUAUCCUCCACCCUUUGGCUGAAGCCUCGCCCUGGGUAAUGAAGAAAGAACCAGAGAGUAUUGUUCCUCCAAAUCUUCAGUCAAAGACUCAGGAUACAUCUUCUCCUCCUGAGAGAAAGAUUGCAGGUCCCUCAGUCAGAACAUGGGGUUGGAAGGGUCUCUGCAUUGGAUCCAAAGAGCAGACAAGCUUGCCAGUACCUGUGCAAAGAUGUCCUAAUAAACUGCAGAUCCGUCAGCUGUUCCAGUACAAGCCACUUAGCGAUGAGCUAAGAGAAAAGCUGCAGCUUUCCCUCAAGGAAUAUAUAGACAACCUUUUAAAACAAGAAAACGAUCUGGAAAAGAUGAAUGUUAAAGAACCAAGAACAGAAGAGGAAAAGGAGAAUGCUGCAAGGAUCCUUGAAUUGUUUAAAUCCUUCCCUGACUGGGAGAAGUCAUCUGAAGAUCUCAGUGCUAGAGCUCACAUAACUGAACUGUAUGAGCAGGCAGUGGCUUCUCAUCCCCAGUGUCACACAGUGAAGACCCCCCUCACAGAAGACCAACAGGAGAGCUUCAGCCCAGAAGGAGUAACACCGAUUUCCAAGUGGCAGAGCAGACUAGAAGAGCACAGGAAAGAACUUGCUGAAGAAAAGAAAUCCCUAAUGGCAUUAAGAAACAAAAUAAUUCCUCCAUAUUUUGAAUCAGAAUUCAGCAAGGAGUUUUGCCUGAAAAAGUUUCCUGAUGUGGAAGCGCUGUCUAUGGAACUUCCUCCAGUUCAAAAAAAAGAAAGUGGAGGUUUCCCUCCAGAGACAAUCAGAAAACACAGCAGAGCAUCUGAAUGUCUCGGUUCCGUUAGUGAUUCUUCACCUUCACCUGGCCUUCUGCUGCAAGCUCAUUCCAAACAAAAUGAAGGUUCCAGCAGCACAACAGACCUAAACAAGGCUGCAAUGUCACAAGAGACACCCUUCCAGCAUAAAGUUCAGAGUCUGCUGGUGAACGCUGCAGGACAACCACGAAAAGAGAAGGUGAACUUACCAUCAUGCCUUCAGGGAAGCAAACCAAACACCAUACCAAAUAAAAAGAUAGAAGAUCCUGUCGCAGGAAAGGUCAACACAUCUUCCCUUGCAACAAGACAGCAACUUAGUGACUUCCAUCUCAUUCCACCCAGAGUGACAUUUGGAAUACUAAAGGAAGGCUGCACCUAUGCAGCAACUGUGAUCUUGAAGAAUGUUGGUGUGAACUUCUUAAGGUUUCGUGUGAAGCAGCCACCUCCACACACAGGACUCAGAGUGAUGUACACACCAGGACCUGUGGCAGCAGGCUUGCAGGUUGAACUGGAGAUAGAAAUUUUUGCCAUGGUAAUUGGAGGGGAAAAUACUGGUGGCCUUGAAGAUGUUUCCCAUGAUAUUAAAAUAUUAACAGAAACAGCAACUCUUCUCCUGCCUGUGAGAGCAACAGUGCUGACCAGUGACCUCUAUGAGUGCCGCCCCCAAGGGUACCCCCAGGGUGGGAUGGCAGCCAUAGUCCGGGCAGUUCCCGUAAGCUCCACGCCACGGCUCAGGAUUGCACUUCCACGAAAGCUUUCUGGUUAA